UCUACAAGCAUUGAUUGCAUCACUAUCCAAAUCAGGGGUUAAAAAAAAACAUUUCUGCCCCUUUCAGGCCCACAAAUGUCACAGUGGCAAUGCCUUCUUGGAUCAGCAUGGGCUCUUGCCUGCUGUGAGUGCCCCAAAGAAGGAGCAGGGUACAAGGCUGAAGAGGCCCCUGGAUCAAGGAGUCAUAAAGAAUAUGGCCGGUCCCCCUAAAUUUCAUAAGCAUGGCAAGAGGUUGGCUGCUGAAGCAGAAAAACGCAAUGGGAAAGAGAGCACGGUGCACAAGCAUGAGACCAGGCACCCAAAAACCCCACAGGAGGGAAGUUCCCAAGGCACUCUGAUGCGCAGCAAGCCACAAGAACCUCCCGUUCUGCCUCAUGCUCCAGUGACCCGGCAGCAUCAAUCUGUGAUUACUUAUUCAGGGAAGAACCAUGGUCCCAUUGCCAGGCCCAGGAGAUACUCAAGUGUGAUUGUGCAAAACCAUGCCGUCUCUCAUGCCAUCUCUCGGCCUCUUCUACUGCAGCCACAGGUCCCUAAUGCCACCAGGCAUGAUUCUGUNNCUGCUGCUGUAGAGUGGCAGAGGAAGCUGGAGGCUGCUGAGGCUCUGUUGGCUCUGAGAAACUCUCCUCUGCCUCCUCCUGUUGCUGCCUCUCCAAAACGGCGUGGCAAAAUGCCCAAAAGCUAUCUUCCUGGACAUGGACCACAAGGUGGGGAGAGCUGGGGAGUUGGAGGGGUUGUAGUAAUUUAG